ACAACAAACAAGAGUGACAGAUUUUGCCAAAGAUGAGCCUUUUAAGAGCAGCACUCCUCUCUGUCUUGUUAGUAGCAGCCUACGUAGAGAAUUGUGAUGCUGGUCCUGUUGGUGUCCAUGAACCAAUGACAUGCUGUUUAUCUUAUCAAAACAAACCGAUUCAUUCCAGUGUUCUGAAGACGUUUUAUAGAACAAGUAAAACAUGUAACAAAGCAGGUGUGGUGUUUGUGGGUAUUAAAGGCAAUGAGUUCUGCACUGAUCCUACAAAACGCUGGGUGAGAAAUGCUAUGAACAUCUUGCCAGAGUUAAAGAAGAAUCCUGAGAAUAAUUGAAAAAGUUAUCAGCAAGCAAGUUUAUCAUGUUUCUGAAUAAAUGACUCUCCUGUACAGAAAUGAAUGUCCUUUUUUGUAACUGUGUAUAGUAUUUUUUACAUUUU